CACAAUAUAUUCGAGACCUCCCGCAAAUACGCUAGCCUUAAGACUAAGCACUUAACUUUCUAACUCGUCUUAAUUUUAGCUCAUGGAUUUGGUCCGAAGCUGCUAGGCAUUUUCCCGGGUGGAAGAAUAGAAGAAUUUAUUCCAAGUCGAACACUAACUCUUAAUGAAUUUCGCGACAGUAGUGUCGUCGCUCAUCUUGCAGCUUUGUCUGCAAAAGUGAAUAGCAUCAAGAUGCCAUUGCCUAAGGCUCCGCAAAUGGUCCCAAUGUGUCGGUCGUGGCUCGCAAAAUACGUCGAUAAUGGAGGUGGACACAUCAGUCUGGAGAAAACGGCCGUUUACGGUGAUAUUGAAUUUCCGAAGGUGCUUACUGUCGAACAGCUGCAGGACGAGCUCGACGAGAUAGAACGAUUUCUGGACAAACAAGAAUGUCCGUCAGUGUUUUGUCACAACGAUAUUGUGCCUGCAAAUGUUUUGUUGCGUGAGAGAGGACUUGAUGAAGGCGAUGUUAUAGAUGAAAGUAGGCUUGUGCUGAUUGAUUUUGAGUUCGGCAGCUAUAAUCACAGAGCCUAUGAGAUCGCGAAUAGUAUGACGGAGCAUGGAAUGACCUACGGAACAUCGAAACAUCCAUACUACGAUACGGAUACUCGAAUAAUGGAAGAUGAAGACUUUGCGCGAACAUACUGUUCCUCCUAUGUGGAUCAGCUAUAUAAGGUGACUGCGCUCGAGCUAAAGUCAAAAAUUGCUUACAAGAGUUUCUGA